ACAGCAGUCAGCAGAGUGAUUAUGAACUUCAAUUUUUUUUUUUUUCUUAUGCAAUUCUGGCGCCUAGCAAGGCUUAGAAAUUUAACGAAACCAAGUUGAACAAGAAGAAAAAUUUACAAUGUCACGAAUAUCCUUAACUAAACAACUCUUUACGACUCUCCUGCACGCCUGCUCUUCACACCCAAACCAUCUCAAACAAGUCCAUGCACUCAUCCUCACCACAGGCCUUUCCAUCAAGAAUGCGCUCAUCACUCAGCUGUUAACAAAUUUCACGCUUUUGGGCGACAUGAUUUACGCACGUAAACUGUUCAACGAAAUGCACAAACCAAGAAUUUUUCUAUGGAAUACCAUCAUUAAAGGGUAUGUGAAAAACGCAAUCCCUGUUGAAGCUGUCUCCGUUUAUAGUCAAAUGCAUUGUCUAAAUAUCAGCCCUGACGAGUUUACGUAUCCGUUUGUUGUGAAGGCGUGUGGGGAGUUGGGAGAUGUGUGGGCUGGUUUGGCUGUGCAUGGACACGUGGUGAAACACGGGUUAGAGUUUGUUGCAAUGGUCAGGACUGAGUUGGUGAUCAUGUAUGUGAAGUUUGGGGAGGUGGGUUUGGGUGAAUUUUUGUUUGAGAGUACGAUAGAAAGGGAUUUAGUAGCGUGGAAUGCGUUGAUUGCAUCUUGCGUGCAAAUGGGGCAAGCUAGUAAGGGUCUUGCAUGGUUUCAUAGAAUGAGGGAAGUUGGCGUUAAGCCUGAUAAUGUGAGUAUUGUGAGUGCUCUUUCAGCUUGUGGUCAGUUAGGGUGUUUGGAGAUUGGGGAGGAGAUUUAUGAGCUUGCUGUGAAAGAAGGAAUCGAGUGUAAUGUAAUUGUUGAGAAUGCACGUCUUGAUAUGUAUGUGAAAUGUGGUAGUGUUGAGUUGGCAAGGGCUUUGUUUGAGGAAAUGACACACAGGAAUGUUGUUUCAUGGAGUACUAUGAUUGUAGGCUAUGCAAUGAAUGGGGAGAGUGAAAUGGCAUUGGCAUUGUUUACUAGGAUGUGGAACGAGGGAUUGCAUCCGAAUUAUGUCACUUACCUUGGGGUUUUAUCCGCAUGUAGUCAUGCUGGCUUAGUAAGAGAAGGUCAAGUAUAUUUUGACAUCAUGGCUCAAUCAAAUGACAAAAGUAUUCAACCUAGAAAAGAACAUUAUGCUUGCAUGGUUGAUCUUUUUGGCCGAUCAGGACAUCUAGAGGAGGCGUAUAACUUCAUCAAGAGUAUGCCUAUGGAACCAGAUUCAGGAGUUUGGGGGGCUUUAUUGGGUGCUUGUGCAAUACAUAAAAAUGUAAAAUUAGGUCAGCAUGUGGCAGAUUUGCUCUUUGAAGUAGCUCCUGAUAUUGCUUCAUAUCAUGUGUUAUUGUCUAAUAUGUAUGCAGCUGCUGGGAGGUGGGAUUGUGUUGACAAAGUUAGACUUAGGAUGAGAAAUAAAGGCAUUAAGAAAGUUGCUGCAUAUAGCUCUGUCGAAAGUGAUGGCAAAGUGCAUAUUUUCCAUGGAGGAGACAGGUCACAUUCACAAUGCCCUUUCAUAUAUGAGAAACUGGAGGAAUUGCUGAAACAGAUGAAGAGCAUGGGAUACACUCCAAAAAUUGAUUAUGUGUUCCAUGAUGUGGAAACAGAGGAAAAGGAAGCCACACUCAACACUCACAGUGAAAAACUUGCCAUUGCUUUUGGUCUUAUGAAUGUAAGAACUGAGUUACCCAUUAGGGUGAUUAAGAAUUUGAGGGUUUGUGAAGAUUGCCAUACUUUCUCUAAAUUUGUCUCGAAAAUUACCCUGAGAGCUAUCAUCAUGAGAGAUAAGAACCGUUUUCACCAUUUUAGAGGUGGUCUUUGUUCAUGCAAGGAUUUCUGGUGAUUGUAAAUGGUAGUUCCCCAUUUGAAGCCAGAUAAAGAAUUGGAAACCUGUAUUCAUGUUUCCUCAAUCAUGACAAGUGGUUGGGGCUCAAAAGGUAAACUGUAUACAGCAACACAGGCUAACUUCAGUUUUGAACUUCCAUGUGAGACAGAGCAGUCUAAAAAUUGGGCUAUGCUGGAUACACAAUUUGAUAAAAGAAUGUUCAUUAUUGCCUAGUCAAAGUAGCAGACUCGAGCUGUAAUGCCAUUCAAUAGUGGAUUGGGCUUGAACAACAUUAUCUGCCCUUGAAAAAGCCCAUAUAUUUGGAUUCCAUACAAAAGUGCAAGCAGGAAGUUUCUCUAGGUGGUAGAUGAACCAUUAUUAUCCUAAAAUUGUCAAACUUUGAGAAGAUGUUCUUUUUAGUGUCAUACAUUGUCUCUGGAAAAUCCCAAUUUGAUGUCCUGUAUUUGAAGUUCCUCUUAUGCUGGAAGCACUGCAAUACUGCACCCGUGUUACUACCAUCAGGAUUGAAGGUUCUGUAAAAUUGGCACAAGAAACUGCAUCUCUAAAUUUCAGAUGAACUACUACUAUCAAAUGUAUCACCCAGGGGUAACAUAAUGGAUUGCACAAGUCUGCUACUUUUAUAAAGGAGAAGAACAUCAUGUAGUGUUCAAACACCAUAAGUACCAUAAGUUUGGCAUGGCAAGAGAAAAAAAUCAAUGAAUAAAAGCUGAAGUUUAUUUUGGUUGUAUUGAUUAUUAAUCCAUCUGACCUAGACUGUUGUAUUCAAAGAAGUCGAAAUAAAUGUUUGAUUUAAUUGACUCUCUGGUAGACAAUGUUCAAUUUAUUUUGUUUCUCAUUAUCUCUGUAAACGUUGGAAGUGAUUUGUUCA